AUGAACUUUUCGUCUACAAUUGUCGUUCUCUUGAUUGCGGUCUCUCGAGUGCUGGCACUUCCGCAAAGUAUAACUGGUUUAUCCCGCGUCCGUUCCGUCAUUGCUCCUCUUCCACCUCCACCGGAUCUCGCAGACUAUUCUAUACGGCCUUAUCCUCCACUUGAACCAGGCGUGCUCGGCAACGUCAGUCUCCAAAACCUCCUUGGUACUCGGCUGUAUGGAUGGUUAAUUCAAAUUGUGUUUGAAAACAUCAACGAGGUUUAUUCGGUAAUCCCAUUUCCUUUCUCACACUGGAUUAAAGUCCGAUGCAGCAGCAAGGUAGACUCGGAGGGAGAUCCAAAAAACAUAUGUGGAGAUAGAGAAGACCCCCCUCAAUGCCUACCUGACGGACCCUCACGACCCGACCCAGAAAUGGAAAGAAUUGAGGCUUUUAGCGACAAUAAUAUGCCUGGUGAAUAUGACGAAACCACCUUCUGCAGCCGGUUUUUCGAACAUCAAUCCUUGACGGAUGCUGUAAAUCUUGGAAUUUCGAAGCGGAGCAAGGACAUGUGGGACUACGACAACCGAGCGCGUGUCUUUCUCCAUGAGGUGACACAUCUGGAUUUUUUCGUUAAUGCCCCGGCUCAAACUCCAUUUAUAGACGACCUCACCAUAUCGUUGAAAAAGAACAAGUUAUCCGACUUUGACAGCGUAUAUGGCCCAUUUAGAGCCAAAGUCUUAGCCAAUUAUAGGACCAAUCGAGGUGGCUUCUAUACCCAGCGCAACGCUGAUAAUUAUGCCUGGUAUGCAUUGACAAAGUAUGUCUGGGGAAAGUUAGGAGGCAAAAUAGAUGAUUAUCCAUCAGACCCGCAGACAUUAGGUGUCAAGCCGGUCAAAGCACCUACAAACAGAGACGGACAGAGGAUAACUGAGCUAGAGAAUGAAGAAACCACUGACCCGGCUUUUGUGGGUGUUACCAAUAUCACAUUUCCGUUCAACGGAAUGACUGAGGAAGAAUUUGACACCGAAGUGCGGUGGUACAAUCGACAAGGCUGUCUCCUUGAAGAAAAAGUCGAAUGCUGCUUAUCAAUGUAA